AUGAGUAAAAUAAAAAGUAUUCAUCUAUUGAUCUCUUAUAUAGAAUAAUAUCUAUUUACUGUUGCUCUUGGAUUCUCCAAUUAGUUGAAUGAAAGCUUUGAGAAAAUCGUUAUCAAUAAUUGCUGUGUUGGUACCCAAAAGAUUUUAGUUCUUAACUAAGAGGGCUUACCGGUAAUAGAGACUACCUAAAUGGAAGUAAAUAGAUUCUUAGAAAAAUUUAAAAUAUAAGAUCUUGAUGGUUAUCUUUUGAGAUACUUGAUGUCUAAGUGUUACCAUCAACAAAACGAUAUCGUUAAAAGAUUGAUAAUUAAAGUAAUAACAAUACACAACCAAUGA